AUGCGGCUCAUAAACGUUGAGAACCUAAAGCUUGAAACCUUCAUCGGCGGCCAUAUCCCACCGUAUGCUAUCCUGUCGCACCGAUGGGGAAAUGAUGACGAGGAGGUAUCCUUUAAGGAUAUGAUGAGAGGCACUACAAAUAAGGUGGGAAUGAAGAAGGUUGAAGGUUGUUGUCGACAGGCCAAGAAAGACAACCUCAAAUAUGCUUGGAUUGACACUUGCUGCAUUGACAAGGAGAGUUCCAAAGAGCUGGACGAGGCUAUCAAUUCCAUGUUUCAGUGGUAUAAAAGAGCCGCCAUAUGUUAUACCUACAUGGCCGAUGUUCCCCACGAGCAAGAUAUCUGGGAAUCGACUUCUGGCUUCUCCGCGAGCUCGUGGUUCACAAGAGGAUGGACAUUACAAGAGCUCCUUGCUCCUGGAGAAAUACACUUCUUUGAUGAGACGUGGAAUCUUAUUGGCACGAAGGAAGAACUGGCGAGUGAAAUUGAAGAUAUCACGGGAAUACCACGCAGAUUUCUGCUCGGCUGGGUAGACUUUCACCAGGCCAGCGUUGCGCAGCGUAUGUCCUGGGCGUCAAAGAGGACGACGAAGAGGGAUGAAGAUAUCGCCUACUGUCUCCUGGGGAUCUUCGGUGUUACUAUGCCGAUGAUCUAUGGGGAAGGACACAAAGCCUUUGAAAGGCUACAGCUCAAGAUCAUGGAACAGACAACCGAUGAUUCAAUUCUAGCAUGGGGAGUCAAGGUUCAAGGUAUGGAGUUCGAAUCUCAGACUGGCCCUAGCGACUACAAUACGUCAGCCGGAAUGUUUGCCAAGUCCCCGACGGAUUUUGCCAAGUGUGGCCGCAUCGUUCCAAAGGCGCUCGACCCUACUUGUAUCACGAAUUUUGCUGUUUCCGGAGGAUACAUCCGCACUUCGCUCAGGCUACAGAGUACAGAAAACGGGGUAGCUUAUGGUCUUCUCAACUGUGGCCUCGAGAACACGACAGAAGGCAACAUAGCUAUCCCCUUGCGCUGCACAACGCCUUCAAUUUCGACUGUCAGGGAGUACAUCCGGCCACUUGGAUACGGUCCUAUACUUCUCUCCGGGCCACAAAGCGACUCCUACAGUAGCCAGGAAGUCCGCAUCCGCGUGGAUCGCCAGGCUCGUCCAGCACAAGUGACAGGGAAACCUAUCUGGCUUCAUAUGGAUGGUCACCAAAAGCUUAAACUACAGCUCAAGGAAGUUUGUCCACCACUCAACUGGUACCGGGGCCGUGCUUUGGUCAUGAACCUGAACAAUUCAAAUCAAACCGUUAGACGAAGAUACCUUGCUCGUUUCACUAGCAAAGAAAAGGAGAGCCGCGACAUUGUUGUUGUAUUGGACUUCAACCUCCAGGCAGAGUAUUCUUGCGCGAGCUGCUUUGCAAUAGCAGCACCAAAACAGUUAGACUUUUCUAAGAUCGUCCAAGGUCUAGAGUACAUGCACUCCGAGCAUCUGCGCGAUAAAGUCAUAAGCAAUGUAAAUGAUAUUGUCGAGGUCUCUGUGCAGAGAGAAGAUAUUUCACAAGGAUCAAUUUUCCUGCUGAGGCUAGCUAGGGCCGACUUGAGUCCAUUGCCUGAUGCAGAUACGUCCCACCGUAUUUACAAAGCGAGCCAGGUAGAUGUGCUGCUUUCAGCCCUUUGCGAAAGGGAUAACAUAGAUGAAACUAUCGAUGGAGAGAUGGAAAAACAGGCUGCGACUGUCAGUGAACUAGAGUCAUUGGAAGCCGAAUGGGACAAGCUAGCGGAAAAGGAGAAACAACUUGCAAAUGAGAGAGAAGCGAUUGAAAGAGAAAUUCAAAUGAAGAAGAGACAUAUUCGCAGACAUGAGAGGACGUUAUCAAGAACGAAAGGCAGCCUGGUAGAACUGGAAAGUCGAAUAGAAAAGAAUAUUCGAAAUAUCGAGGAAGUCGAUUGGGUCAAGGGUUCAACAAGUUGGGCUGAAACUAUGCUACAGAGCCAAUUAGACAAGCAAAAGGCAUCUCAAGACACAGAUGCCCCUGUUUGUGCGGGCCCAGGUACCCUUCGAACGACAAGCCUGGUUAAUAGCCAACAAUGCAUGGGCGGUUUCAUUCCACUGCUCUGGGCUGCCGCCAACGGAAAAAACGCAAUCUUGCAACUUCUCAUAGACAAGGGUGCAGACCUCGAAGCGAGAAACCCCGACAACGACUACACGGCUCUUAUGUAUGCGGCAGCAUAUGGACAAGUCUCAGCCGCAAAGUCCUUACUAGAUUGCGGCGCCAAGUUAGAAGCUCAGGACGAGGAAGCAUACACGCCCCUGUUGCUGGCAGCUUCGGUAGAGCACGUACCGAUAACGUCGUUUCUUCUCGGUAAGGGGGCUGACAUAGAAGCAAGAACCUCCGAUGGGAGUACUCCACUCUCCAUUGCAACUAGAAAGGAAAACGAGGGCGUUGUCAAAGUACUGCUAGAGAAAGGGGCCGAUAUAGAUGCCAAGGACAAUAGCGGAGACACGCCUUUAUUACGAGCAUGUCUUAAUGGCCAUGUGGGUAUCGCAAGGAUGCUGAUAGAUGCAGGAGCUAAUAUUCAGACGCAAACGCGCUAUGGGAGUACGCCACUAGCUGUUGCUGCCAGAAAAGGGAGGGAAGGCGUUGUCAAACUACUGCUGGAGAAAGGGGUCGACAUAGAUGCUCAGAACCAUAACGGAGACACGCCUUUAUCACGAGCAUGUCUUAAUGGCCACAUAGGUGUCGUGAGGAUACUGAUUGAAGAGGGCGCGACUGUUGAUGUGAGGAACAAGAAGGGUAAGACGCCUCUGCAACUAGCGGAGAAGCACACAAAAAAUGGGAUCGUCGAUUUGCUCCGGAAUCAUCUGGAGACGAAAAGGGAAUGA